AUGUCAAGUCCUGUGGUUUCAGCGCUAAAACGUGUGGUAUUCUUAACUAAGAAUGUCGAUCACUUCUACAGACUUUACAUCCGAUAUCUAGCUAAUAAAGCAACUGACAGUGGACCACUAGAAUUUCAUUACAUGUUGUCUGAAUUGAGCAGUAAGAAAAUCCAUUUUUCCAAAAUUCAUGUCACGUUUCCUAUAAUUACUAAUUCUCGUUGCGGUCAAAGUGAAACUUUAAAUUUGUGA